UUUUACAUUUUACACUUAAUUCAUCUUCACUCUUUUCUCCACCAGUUCGAGUUCGACUCCUUGUAUUCGUUCAUCUUCGGGGGUGGCCCCAGCAAGGAUGGAUUUAGCCGAUCCAGCGAUGAAGUACCUUGCCAGUCAACCAUUUCUAGCUCUGUAGCGAGUAGAAAUGUUGCUGGUUUCUUUGAUUCAAACCAGAUGGUCAAUCACACCGGACCAGGAUCGGCUUUGAGUGGUGGUGUAAGCGGUGUUGGCGGUCUGGUCAGCGGCUUUCUUAGUGGGGCUGGUUCAAGUGUGGGUGGUUUCGGUCGUCGUGUUUUGCAGGCUGGCCUACAAACGGUCGCCUCUGCCGGUGUUGGCCGAUCCGCAGCUGCAGCCGCGGCUGCGGCUCUGGCUUCUUCCUCUUCGGGUCCAACUAUUGGUGAAACCUCAGUCAGCGCUAGUUCUGACCAAUGUGAGAAGGAACUGCCUGUUUGCCCGGAAGCGGCAACGCUAAUUGUGGUUCUUGUGCAGAGACUCCUCCAAUCGGUGAGUUUGUUUUGUCGUGGUUACACAUUUAGGUUUAGAGUUACAUAA